ACCUCCCCACCUCUCUCGCCUCCCACCCCACUCCCCUCCCCGCGCGACGCAGCAAGACCGCACACGCCGGCCCGAGAUGUGGAGUUCUGACUCCGAGCUCGCCGCCGCAUCCUCGUCUUCCUCCUCGUCCACCACCUCCGCAUCAUCCCCUCCGCCGUCCCCGCCUCCCGCCGCUUCCCUCCUCCGCCGGCCGCGCAACCGCCGGCGCCGCCGCGCCAACAGGCAGAUCGUCCACUCCGGCGCCGCCGCCGCCGCCAACGCGGCGCCCGGUGCCCACGAGCCGGAGGCGGAGGACAUGUGGCGCGGGGCGCAGUGGGAGGCGGCGUGGCCGGGGCGGCGCGACGCGAGGCCCGUCCUGCUCGCCUCAGACGGCGGCGGCGCGGGGCAGGACGACGGGGUGGGCCGGUCCCGCAGCCUAACGGACGACGACCUCGAGGAGCUCAAGGGUUGCGCCGACCUGGGGUUCGGGUUCAGUUACGACGAGAUCCCCGAGCUCCGCGGCACGCUCCCGGCGCUCGAGCUCUGCUACUCCAUGAGCCAGCGCCUCCUCGACGACAAGCACCACCAGGCGGACUCCGCCCCCGACGCCGCCUUCGCCGCCGCAACGCCGGCGACGCCGCCCGUCACCAACUGGAAGAUCUCCAGCCCCGGCGACAGCCCCGACGAGGUGAAAGCGCGGCUCAAGUACUGGGCGCAGGCCGUGGCGUGCACCGUCCGCCUCUGCAGCUGAACGCCGUCUGCCGGUGACGCGCACGGCGAGCACUACGCCGCCAGGAGAAACGAUCGCCGACGACGAAAACCAAAUUAAAUGACCGAUCGAUCAACCGAGAGGCCAGUAUCCCGCUGGACGAUGACGGGAUCAGAUCGCGAGCGCGUCACUGCUGCUGCUGUAAAGUGAUCGGAGCGCGGCGUCCCCGUCCCUGCUGCAUGCUGCGACGGCGGGCGUUGGCGGCUGCCAUGAUUGCAGCUGGGGUGCUGGGGAGUUUGGUGGCCGACUUGCUUCUCGCCGAUCCAGCUGAGCGACCUGCCUGCUGCCUAGUGCCAACUCAGCGCCCAGCCACUCGAUCUCCAGGAAAUAAACUAGUAUUUGUAGUAACCUAUCGGAAUAAUGUUCAGAGUAAUUGAUUAAUGUAGUGCCUAUUGGGGGAUCGAUCAGAGUGAAUAAAUAAGUCGAUGGAUCCCAAUCUUCUUGUUGCCGUUCUUAAUCAUUAGUCGCCACAGCUGUCCGCUUGAUUUGCUGUUGUUAAUCAUUGGCAUCUGUCUGUGAUUGAUUUCUUAAUCCUUCUCCCCUGUGCUACUACUCUACUUGUUUAGUCAAGUCUUGGUGCAAAGAUCUGCGCUUUGACUAGAAUCGGAGCUGAUGGAUUCAGAGGAAAAAAGAUGCAGUCAUGUGCACUGCUGUUUCUGAAUUUUUUAAGUGCGUUUCCAGCUCGAAUCCAAAGAUUCCAAGCCAGAUACCACCUGGACUGGAAGGCUGGCUAACAGUUGGGAACACUGAACUUUGAGAACAUGACAAUUUUCUUCUA